CCGUUAUCGUUCCAUCUUGUGUCACUCGAGCUUGCAUCGCAUCACCAUCUGCAUCAUGUCCGCGUCCAAGUUCAUGUCGUUCCUCUCGGCGGCUGCCUGGCGCGUGGCCGAGCCUCUUCACUUGGUGCCGGUCGUCACCGCACCCACUGGGCCUCCUCCAACAGUGCCCAGCGAUGAGGUCUUCCCCGUCCACUACUUUGACGAUACGUUCGUGAACCGGAAGAUGAUCAUGUGCUGGACCAUGAAAUUCGACGAUGUGCUCGACCCCGAAGCUCUGCGCAGCUCCCUGGCGAGGCUCUUGGAAAUUGGCGACUGGCGCAAGUUGGGUGGACGGCUCAGGUUGAUAGAGAAGACGGGAAAGCUCGAGAUCCACGUCCCAGAGAAAUUCACCGCUGAACGGCCGGCCGUGCGAUAUUCCCACGUCAACCUAGACAUCAGCAUCGACGAAGAUCCUCUAGCAUCGCAGCUCCCCAAGGCGACAGACGUCCCAUCCCUCCACCCCGGGCCCAUGAGAUUCCGCUCCCUCGGCAGCGGGCCCGGGUCGCCAACCACGAUCGAAGACUACCUCAACAGCGACAACCCGCAGCUCGCCCUGCACAUCAUCUCCUACACCGACGCGACGCUCGUCUCGCUCUCCUGGCCGCACACCAUGACCGACGCCAUGGGCCGCCGCGCCCUCAUCACGGCUUGGUGCCAAGUCCUCGCCGGCAACGAGUCCGAGGUGGCGCCACUGCUCGGCGCGCGCGAAGACGCCGCGUCGGCGCUGGGCGCGGCGCUCCCGACGUAUGGGCAGGAGGAGGCGUACGCGCUGGCGGAGAAGCAGCUGCGCGGUCUGCAGAUCCUAUUUCUCAUGUUUCGCUCCCUCUGGGACAUUCUGUUCAUGCCCAAGGUCCUCCAGACGAUCGUGUUUACCCGCCAGGCGGUCUCCCGUCUGGUGCAGGAGGCGAGGGACGAUAUUUCCAACGACGACCAGGUCGACAAGGGCGCGUUCGUCAGCGAGGGGGACGUGCUAACGGCGUGGUCGACGCGCAUGGCGGCGCUGGCGCUUCCGCGCGGCUCGACGCGCUCCAUCGUGGUGGGGACGGUGUUCGAGCUGCGCGGCCGGUUGAAAUCCAUAUUCCAGUCCGGCGGCGUGUACAUCCAGAACCUGGUCUUCUCCGCCACGGCAGUGCUGCCGGCCGCCGAGGUGCUCGGGAAACCGCUGGGCCAUGUGGCUCUGGCCAUUCGUCGGACCAUCACGAUGCAGACGUCCGAGUCGCAGAUACGGGCGCAAGCCCAGGCUUUGCGUCGAUCGCUCGACGGCAGCGGCCACAUGCCUGGGUUUGGGGACGCGAGCAGCCUCAUCGUUGGCUUCAGCAACUGGACCAAGGGUGACUUCUUCAACGUUGUGGACUUUGGCCCGGCCGUGGUGCAUAAGGGUGAAGAGCGUCGUGAGAGGGCUGGGAAGCCCGUGUAUUUCCACUCUCAAACUCACGAGGAGACGCCCAUGGCGAUCAACAUUUUCAAUAUUCUUGGAAGAGACGCUGAGGGGAACAUGUGGAUCACGGGAUAUCUGCCUCCUUCGGUCUGGUUAGUGGUCGAGGAGGAACUAAGAAGGCUCGCCUAACUGAUGGGCUUGUGUUGAUGUUGGCUUGGUUGUACACUUUUGUUAACCUAUAUCAUCUCGUUUCUGUAAGCGCGUACCAAGCCUACAGGGGAAUAUUUCCGGUUCCUACGAGUGAAUUUUAAAAACGGCGG